AGACAUGUUCAGUAUCAGAUAUAGAAAUUGAGAAUGGUUUUUUUUCUGAAUCUGAUUUUACAUAUGCUCUAAAUAGAGAAACAUCUUACAGAUGUAAACAGGGAUAUGUGACAAAUACUGGAGAAACAUCAGGAUCAAUUACUUGCCUUCAAAGUGGAUGGUCACCUCAACCCUCAUGCAUUAAGUUUUGUGAUAUGCCUGUAUUUGAGAAUUCUGUAACUAAGAAUAAUAGCACAUGGUUUAAGAUCAAUGACAAAUUAGACUAUGAAUGUUUUAUUGGAUAUGAAAAUGAAUAUAAACACACCAAAGGCUCUAUAACAUGUACUUAUUAUGGAUGGUCUGAUACGCCCUCAUGUUAUGAAAGAGAAUGCAGUAUUCCCAUUCUAGAUCCAAAACUAGUCGUUUCUCCCAGAAAAGAAAAAUACAGAGUUGGAGAUUUGUUGGAAUUCUCUUGCCAUUCAGGACACCGCGUUGGACCAGAUUCAGUGCAAUGCUACCACUUUGGAUGGUCUCCUAGUUUCCCUAAAUGUAAAGGUCAAGUAGCAUCAUGUGCACCACCUCUUGAAAUCCUUAAUGGGGAAAUUAAGGGAACAAAAAAAGUUGAAUACAGCCAUGGUGAGGUGGUGGGAUAUGUUUGCAAACCUAGAUUCCUACUGAAGGGACCCAACAAAAUCCAAUGUGUUGAUGGGAAGUGGACAACCUUGCCUGUAUGUGUUGAGGAAGAGAGAACAUGUGGAGACAUUCCUGAACUUGAGCAUGGUUCUGUCAAGCUUUCUGACCCUCCCUACUACCAUGGAGAUUCAGUGGAGUUCACUUGUGCAGAAACUUUCACAAUGAUUGGACGUGGGUCAAUUUCUUGCAUUAGUGGAAAGUGGACCCAGCUUCCUAAAUGUGUUGGUAAGUAUGUGUGCAUAAAAUGGAUACUUUAUGAGAGAAUAUUAAAAGCAGUAAGGGAAAAAGGUCAAGUAACAUAUA